AUGAUAACGGAUUUUAACCGAAGCCGGAGCGGAAAAGGGUUUGUUGCAAUAUCAAUGCCACGAGGGAAAGCUACAUGGGCCCCUAUAAUGACUGACGGUGCAUACCCAACCAAAAACUUUACAAAACUUAGUCAUUUGCACACACUAUGGAAACUAUUUGCUACAUACAUGAAUAUUGGGCAUGUCAUUUGGGAAGAAUUCGGUAUGAUCUACUAUUCGAUGCAACGAAUGCGAGAGUUCGACAAUGCACUUGUAAUUAUGCACUUAGGACGAAUUUCUCAGCAUCCACUAUUCCAAAAGCUGAAAAAUGAAAUCCUUUCCGCACUAACGUCCAACCCGCUAGUUGAAGCAGAAACCUACUUACCAUCUUUCAACACAAAAUACGUGUGCUUCGAGCGAUUUAUAGUUGGUGGUCCAAUCUAUUUGUUUGAGUACGGACCGAAUAAACAACAUCAUGAAAUAGAGACUCUGCUCUACAACUGGAGAAGUAAAAUACUUGAACAUUAUGGUUUCAACCAUUAUUCUAUACCAUCGCAUCAUCGGAUUACAAUAACAAACAAAACCGAUUCUGGUCGAGCUAAAUUCGCGAGAAGAAGUAUCGCUAAUCUGAACGAUGUUGUCAAAUUCGUCAGAACGACGUAUCCUAGGAUUAGAGUUGAUGUUGUUGAGUGGCAACAUUUCACAUUUCGUCAACAGCUCGAAAUACUUUUGAAAACGACCAUUUUAAUAACGCCAUCGGGAGGAGUUUCGAUGAUUGGACCAUUUUUACCACAUAGUGCCCAUGUAAUUGUCAUGGAUUCACUAUCCGACAGAGACAAUCUUGGUUUCAAGAAAGGCGAUAGUGCAUCACUCGAAACCAAGUUCUGGGCUCACUGGCAUCAUGUACGAAAAAGCUUUUAUCAGAUAUACGAUAUGAAAGAGCACGUCUGGGAUUACGAGGGCGCAAAUGACACAUUACAUUAUGCGUCUGUUAUUGUCAAUAUGACACGGUUGGAAUUGCUAAUAGAUAAAGCAUUAGAAGACAUGUCUCCAUAA